GGCCCUCCCAUUCACAGCCCCCUCCUCCCUCCGAAGGGGUGUGUGUGUGUGUGUGUGUGUGUGUGUGUGUGUGUGUGUGUGUGUGUGUGUGUGUGUGUGUGUGUAUGAGAGAGAGCCCCCUCCGAGGUGUGUUUAGGACAUGAAGGGUGGACUCAUGCCCCCUCUCAGAGAAGCGUGGAUCCACAGCUGGGUCACAUCUGGACCACAUCUGGAUCACUACAGUCCUCUGGAGCGUCUGCUCUGCGCUGCAGGUCAAAGGUCGCACGAUGCCUUCACUGUCUCCUGUCGGAUGGACUGCCUUCUGUCUCCUGCUGCUGUGGGAGACUCGGACAGCUCGCAGUGAAGCCCUGCAGUGUUCAGUCCCGGGUCGGGCGGGGUCGCCGCACCCCGUUCAGGGUCUGCUGGAGCGCUUCGAGGCCGGACCGGGAUGUGCGGCCCGAGAACCCGGGAACCAGGAAACCCACGUGGUGGCGCUGGGACGAGUGACGGGCAGCCGGGAGAGCAAGGUGACGGUGCACCUGAAGCCCUUGUCUCCGCCCUGGCCUGCUCUCCGCUCCGUCCGCCUGCUGCUCAGCUCCAGGCUGCCCGUCGCCUGGUGGCUGCGGGCGGAGGCGCUGCCCCCCGGGCUGCUGCUGCAGGUGGAGGUGUCCUCCAACUCCAGCGUCCGGGCCCACGGCGUCGGGCUCAGCGUCCACACGGUGCGUUCGCUGCCUUUCCGUCCCCGAGCGCUGCACCGCUGGACCGUGAAGCAUCAUGGGAGCCUGUCCUCCAUGACACACACAGCUCAGGGCAACCAGGUCUACAUCCGCCUGGGCGAGGAUCCCACCCAGCCGGCUGUUUGCCAGCUUCAGUCCAUGUUCCUCUCUCAUAACUACAUCGUCUCGGACCUCCAGCCUCAGGAGGUUCAGGGCUGUUCCCGGCCCCGGCAGGCGGACCGGACCGGUCCUGAAGUCCACGUCAUCAAGCUGCAUUCGUCGGGUUCCGGACUCUGCGGCUCUCUGCAGGUGGAGGUGGUCGUCUCUCUGCUGCCCCCGCUGGGAAAGUCCAAGGCUGCCCGGGUGGUUCUGAUUCUGAGCAGCUCGGUUCCGGUCAACUGGGCCGUCGUUGCCGGAGGGGUCAGGGGUCACGUCACUGUUCACUCGUCGAACAGCGUGUCUCCGCCGUUCCCUCCUGAGCCCGGCCUGACCCUGUCCAGCACCGUGACCUCUGACCUCUCCACCGCGCCCGACCUUCUCGAUUGGGCUCGUGAGAGCGGCUACCCCGAGGUGACCUCCUACACCGAGGCCGACCUGGCGAACCGCUUCGUGGUCCAGCUGUGUGCGGACGGGACAGACGAGGAGGAGGAGUGGCGUCCCGCCGCUCCGGGGCCGGCCUGGGCGGAGGAGCGCCGCCUGACGCAGCGGAUCAGCGGAGGAGGUGGAGGCAGGCAGCAAGCGGGCCGAGAGAGCUUCGCUGUGAACUGUGAGGACGGACGGCUGAGCGUGGCGGUGGAGCAGCGCGUCCUGCAGGAUCUGCCCGUCCCGGUGUCUGCCGUGACUCUGAGCGACCCGGCCUGCCAGGCUCACUCCAACCGGAGUCAUUUCCUGUUAGUGUUCCCAGUCAUUUCCUGCGGGACGGAGAGUCUGCUGCUCCGACAGCCCCGAGGGGUGCAGUACGAAAACACGGUUUUGCUUUGGAAGGACAAAAGUCCCAAUCGGACGGAGAAGUCUGGACGUCCGCUCCGGAUCCACUUCAGCUGCUUCGUGUCCGUCCCCGGCCCGGCGGAGCCCGGUGGGUCUCAGAUCUGGACGCCCGAGGGUCCACGCUUCAACCCGGGACUGACGGACCUUCCAAAACCCCGGGCCCCAUCUGGACCCGUCCUCCUUCUGAAGCUGUCCACGUCUGAGAGCUCCGAGGAGACUCGGGUCGGGCCGUGUGUCAUCACGGCGGACCAGCGCGUCCACGUCCAGAUUUCCGCCCGAGCUCCAGUCGCUCACUCUGUCCGAGUGAAGUCGUGCGUCGUCUCUCCCCUUUCGGACCCCAAGAAGUCUCCUUACUGGACGGUGAUCCGGGACGGCUGCUCCUCGGACCCCUCGCUCACCCUCAGUGAGGAAGAGGAGGAGGAAGAGGAGGAGGAACCACGGCAGACGUCGCCGUCAGCCAGAGGAGGCGCUGGAGCAGAGCAGAUUCCGCCGUUGAGGUUCAGCUUCAUCCUGAGGCCGGUUUAUCAGGAGCCCAUGCAGUUCCUCCACUGCAGCCUCCGCCUGUGUGUUUCCGACGGCGUGGACGGAAACGUCGGGAAGGACGACUGUCGGGACGGGUUACCGAUCCCUCCGCUGGUGUCCGGAUCGCCCGGAGCUCAGUGUGAGGCCAGGAACCUCUCCAGGCCCAUGGUGGUCACUCAGUCCAUCAGCUCGCUGGCGCCCAAAAUACACACCCCAGCCGGCCAGAGGACAAAGAGGCUGAGUGUGAAUCCAGCGGACAGUCCGCCGCCCGAGCGCAGCGUCUCGGUGGUGCAGACCGGACCGCUCAUGGGCAUCGUCUUCGCAGCCUUUGUGCUGGGUGUCAGUCUGAUGGGGGGGCUGUGGUGCAUCUAUAACUGUACAGGGACGCGGCUCCUCCGAACGGACCGGACUCGUGUGAGACACGACAUGUGGAGCCCCUCGGCGCUGUCGGAUCAGUCGUCCAGCUCAGUGUAGAGGAUUUCCUCCUGCAAAUCUGAAAACGGAGAAGUGGGGCAGAGGUUCUGUCGACCGGCGUGUGCGUGAGAGCGCAGCUGUCAGAGUGUGUGUGUGUGUGUGUGCGUGUGUGUGUGUGUGUGUGUGUGUGAUCAGUGUUUGUGUUUUGAAGCCGCGCUGGCAGCAGGCUGGAUGCAGAGGCCGACAUGUUUGGAGCGGCGCCUUCAGAAAGGCAGCAGGAGGGCAGAGGGGAGUCAGGAGGUUCGCCGCCGCCGCCGUGCACGUGCAUCAUGAACCGUGAAUCAGCUGGACGUCCGACCCGGCCCAACGCCACCGAGACGCUUCAUCUGAGCUCCUCGCCGAUUUGCUGUUUUCCCUCAUCGUGAACUUCUUGUGCUGUGAAGGAGUCAAACUCCCGGUGUUGUCUGUUCAAACUGUUUGUAGCAGUAAUAAAUGCUUUUGGCCUCUUGGGUGCAGCAG